GCUCGUCGCCCGAUAAAUACGUCAUCCAUUUCCUCUCACGUCCCCGUUUGUUUGACGCACGCUGUUUCAUGUGUGCUAGCAGUUAGCUGUGAACUCUCUAGCGUUUCUCAUGGCCAAUGGGUGUAAAGAGGUGCUUUUUACGCGAGGAACUGGACAGAGUGAUGAUUCUGAUAUAUGGGAUGACACAGCGUUGAUAAAGGCGUAUGACAAGGCAGUUGCAUCAUUUAAGACUGCCCUUAAGGGUGAAGAUGACCCUCAGACUUCCAAGAAAGACCACCCAGGAAAGAAACGCAAGAACAACAAAAAAAGCCACAGCAGAAAAAGAAGCAAUGCACCGCCAGAUAAAGAGUGGCAGGUUGGGGACUCAUGCUGUGCUUACUGGUCAGAGGAUGGCCAGCUGUACGCGGCCACGAUCUCAUCCAUAGACAAGAAGAGGGGCACUUGUAUAGUUCUUUAUACCGACUACGGCAACGAGGAGGAGCAGAACCUGCAAGACUUGCUCUGUGAGACGUCUGACGUUGAGGAGGAAACAAAUUUCAAGGUGAACGAGGCAGAAACUUCAACAGAGGAGAGCGACAGGUCGAACACGCCGCACCGACACAGCCGUCAGCCGCACAGCAAAACCCACAAGUCCAAGCCUCACAGAGAGCCGCCUCCUGCGUGGUUUCCUCCUGGCCCACCUCCCAUACCUGGCUUCAAACAGGGGGGAAGUAGACGAUCUGGUGGUCCCGGACCUGCACCUGCACCUCCUCCUUGGCCUCCCAUGAUGUCCUGCGGGCCACCAAUGAUUCCACCCCCUCCACCGAUGAGCCCUGACAUGGUGGAUGAUGAGGCUUUGGGCAGUAUGCUCAUCUCCUGGUACAUGAGUGGAUACCACACUGGAUACUACCUGGGGUUGAAGCAGGGUCGCAAAGAAGCUGCUGCCUGGAAGAAAUCUCAGUCUCACCACAAAUGAAGCGAUCAGCAAAAGACUCCGGUGUCUCAGUGACUCAGGGACUCACUCUUGGUACCAGCCGCUCCCCCUGUUGUGCCUGGUGUGCGUCCGUCUCUUCAGUUCAGCCUUGCAGAUGGAAAUGUAAAUUAACUAUACAUGGUGUGGAGAAUUACUGCUUCACAGUUGUUCAAGGGGGAGAGUUUUGUAUUCUCUGUAAACAUAUUAAAUAAAGACUCUUGGCACACA